AAGAAUAAUUUAUAAUACAACAAUUUAAAUUAUAAUUAUAAUUGAAAUAUAUUAAGUAAUACAUAAAUUUUAAUUUUAAUACCAAUAUAGUUAAUAAAAUGUGUAUUAUGUCUCAUUGAAUGCAGAGAUUUAAACUGAUUGGUUUUACGUGGCUGUGGGCUUAAAUAUGUAAGCGGCCAUCUUAACAAUUGAUCACGUGAUGUUUCUCUAACAGAAAUCUGAACACAAAUAUUCAAAAAAAAGCUGCGAGCUGGCAGCACUGCUGAUUAAACGAGUAACAACCUCUAAGUUUAAGUAUCGUCUUUUUGAAAUGGAUGUCGAAAAAAAAGUUUUCUCAUCGACGAUAAUAAGAACACAGAAUCAUAUUAAAAACAAUUUGCAAGAAAUAUUGAAUAUUGUUCCUGCCACGCCUAUAGUAGAUAAACUAGAAAAAGUUAGCGAUUUGAAUUUUAUACAUAAAAUUGACAAAUAUUAUGUACCAAAGAAAAAUAAUGGAACGAAAGUUAAAACUGUACAAGAUAUUCGAAAGAUUUUUGAAUCGGAUGUUAAUAGUUAUUUGCCAGAUGAGUUAGAAAAACAGAAAAAUGUGUUGUUACGUAAAAUUAGACUUGGUUCGUCAAAAGACGAAGAAACAAAAGAAACAGCUAAAAAUAUGUUAAAAUCAAGUUCUCCUAUUUCACGAUCGGCUUGGCAAAUGCUUAUAAAUAUUAACCCAGAGGAACAAAAAUUUGCUCAUCAAUAUGUUCGUUUUAAUGGGAAAUAUAUUCAAAUAAAUGGCAGUAAAGGUGGGAAUUGCAAGUUUAUAUAUAAGCAUGACAUUGGUAAAAUCAAGGAACUUUCUGUAAAUAAUUCAACAUACAGACGAAAUAAUUUAAAGAAAAAAAAAGCAUUGCUUCAAAAUUCGUUAAAUGUUAAAUUUAAGCCAGGGCCAUUGACAAAGAAAAAAAGUCUAGAUACUUCCUACCAAAAAUAUCAGUUUGGUGACAUGGAAUUAGUCACAUUACCGAAGCCUGGUCUUGACCUACAACCGUCUUAUGGUAAACCUUUGGCUCCAGUUAUCAAUACAUUUCUUCAAAAUACCUUUUUGUUAAAUUCUAACGGAGUAAUUAGUCCAAAAUGGGCAGAUUUUGCAGUUACAGUUUUGGGAAAAAAUGAAAAGGGAAUUCCAGUUCAAUUAAAAGAUAGCUGUAAUGUUACGUUUGAUUUAGAUUACAAAUGUUUUCAACAUAGAAUACUUAUGCGUAACGAUAGUGAUAUUAUACACCUUGAAAAAGUACAAAGAGUUCCAAUACAAACAACCGAAGAUGAUUCAGUUAUACUAUCGGAAGUGAUUAGUGUCGUAGAUAAUAUAAUUGAUGCUGUCGAAAUUAGCUUAAAUCAAGAUGAAAUGUUUUUUGGAGAAGACGAAACACGAGAAGAAAUAAUAACAAACAGCAGUUCUAAUACAAAUCACCUCAAGGAAAAGGGGAAACGAAAAUAUGGUGAGCUAGGUAGGCUUGAUGUUACUGUUAUCAGAAUUUCAGAUACAUCAGAAUUAAAUGCUAAAAAUGUGUGUUCCAAUGCUCAUUGUACUUUAGGGUGUAUUUGUGAUUCAUUAAAUUAUUCCUACGGCUUGAAAAUACAUUGUGGACGAUUUGAAUGUAUGUUUCAAUGUAAAUGUGACUAUUCGAAUUAUAGACUUUCGGAUUCAUUUGAUAAUGAUUGUACCGAUAUAUUGCCGGGGUUAGUGAAUUUAGACCAAAAAUUGGGACAAACAUUAGCGAAAGAAGAACAAAAAUUUCAUCAAACUGUAAUAGUAACUGAUGACAAAAGUAUAUUGUUGAAAUCACAAAAAAGAAAUUGGAAAACUUCAAAAAAGUAUGCUGAGUUUUUUAGUAACAUGCGCUUAAAAACGAAAGAUAAUACGAAAAAAACCUUGUCGGUUCUUUGCACAAAUCUUAAACUUAAUAACGUUGAGCCUUGGUGUAUGGUCCACAACUUGUAUAAAUGUUUUUGUAAGGGUAAAUUUACAAAAAGUUUUUAUCCGGGAGUCGAUGAACCUGUGAAUACAAAUAUUAAAAUUCCUGAAAAAAUUAAAAAAGUGGUUAUAAAUAUUGAUCUAACUCGGCAAGAACUAUCCUUAGAUAACAAAGCAAAUAGGAAACGUUCUAUUUAUGAUAGUAAUGAGUCAUCAUUAGAUUCUUUUGACUACUUUGAAAGUGUUAAAUGUGUUAGAACUCUGCCUUAUAGGGGUAGAAAACAUUGUGAGGAAUACUACCAUACUACUAAUAAAAAAAUAUUGGAAAUGGAGCGAAAUGACAAAACCUUACGCAAGAAAUUGGCAAGCUUAAUUAAUAAAGAAGAUUCUCAAGAAAAUAUUUCUACGCAAAAUGUUAAUACCUCUGAUGUUAUCGACUCAACCUCAAAUGAUUUAUUGAAUAAUGUUAUUGAACAAAUUCCAUUAGAGUAUAAGGACGUUAAAAAAUUAUCAAGUACAAAGCUUGUCACGUGGCUCGAAUCAAACUAUAAGCAAUAUAAAGAACGAAGUAAUCAAGGUCCAAUUAAACAUUCUUUGCAUCCACCAAGACUGGGUACAAUGGCCUUAUAUCCAUGGGACUUCAUAUUAGAUAGAUAUCGGGGAAAAAAAAAUUACUUUCUCAUAUCAAAACAACAACCUUAUCGCAUUUUCAUGGCAGUAAAUAUAAAAAAUUCUUUGUUUGAUAAUUGUAUUAAUAUAAAUGACAUUGCUUUAUCCGACCUUGAUAAAUACCCCAUAACGGUAAAAAACUUACUUACAAAUGCAACCGAUCUAAAAGAUAAUUUUUGUAUUUUAUGCGGACUAUCACAUUGUUGGGAGUUGGUUGGUUCGGUUACAAAAGUAAAUAAUAGAAGUAACGUAACAGAAGAAAAUGAGAUAGAGACAACUAUUUCACAACGACCAAAGUCUCAAAGUGAAUGCAGUUCUGAUUUAGAAUUUAUGCCGGUAAUCACGGAUAGCUCUGCAGAUGAAUUGAAUUGUUCAUUGGAAAAUGUUUUUAAUCAGACAUCCGAAAAUACUCCGGAACAAUCUAAAUGGUUUGUAAUGACGGUAGAAAAUGAUUUUACAGAAAUUCGAUUUUACAAAAGAGGAUUUUUUGUCAAGUAUGAAAGUAUUAUGAAAGCAAUAAAUGUUGCAAAGGUAUCAGGUAAAACGGUUAAACUUUCAUCACAAAAUUGCAGUUAUCCUCAAAACAAUCCAAGUUUUGGUAUUUAUGCCAUACCAAGUGAUACAGAAAAUUAUGUUUUUAUCGGUCCGUAUGAAAAAGAUGAGGCAUUAGGUAUAGAAACUAUAAGAAAUAUACAUGAUGUAAGAAAAACUAAUUGCACAAGAGGUAGAUGGAUAACUACUAAUAAAAUUGAUAACUUAAAUGUUAUAGAUAAUCCUUUAAAGUAUAUGCCAUCAAAUAAUGCAGACAGUAAUAAUAUGCUUAGCUUAGACAUAGAAUCUAGCUCAAAAGAUGGUACAAACGAGUAUCAAGUAGUUUCCGAUAAAAGUACAACCUCAACUGGUUCCAUGCAAAACACUAAUAAAGGGGUGGUAGGGAAAGUAGUUAAACCCAUAAGAAUACGAAAGGCAAAUGGUUUUUUCCAACUUGCACCGAAUGGUUUGUUAAAACAGGUACCUGUACAUAAUAAAGAUACAUUAAAAUACAAAAACGCUUUUCUUGUUAAAAAGAAUAUGUUAAUAAAUAAAGAUACUAAUAGUUCAAAUGCACCUUUGUUAAAUUCACCUUUACUAUUGCGUCAAGGUGUUGUUCAGCAUGGAGAACAGGUGGGAAAAGGAAUAAUGUUACAAAAUCAAAAACCCGUACAAGAAAAUGCACAUCAAGCAAAAACACCUAAGAAUGAGAUACAAAGAAGAAAGUUAGAGGGGGGUAUGUUUAUAUUAAAACCAGAAGAGAUUAACAAAAGAUCUUUUGAAAAUCAAUUAUUAUGUAACCAACAGAAAACUAACAAACAAAAUUCUACUGAUGGAAGUGAUAUGGACUUAGAAGAAUUUCUUGAAAAAUUCGUAGUAAAUACAGGAACUCAGUGCUAUGUUAUUUCGGAUGACGAAGACGACAGCACUAGUAACCUUUGCACUAAAGAUAAUACAUGUAAAAAUGUUUGGAUUGUUUGUAAGAAUAUAGAGAAUCUAGGUUGGAUCCCUGGCAGGCGGAAUUCUGAAAAUAGAUUGAGUUUUGAAUUUCCCGGGUUUAAAUACACCGAUUUCUAUAACGAAGACGAAGCGUUUCAUAAAAUAACUCAGGUGAUGUCUAGAAAAAUUUAUAUACCGAGGCAUAUUCAUUUAGAGUGGCAUGCGCUUGAGUCCUUACCUGAUAGCAACAUCAAGAACAAAUUAGAGGCAAAAAACUUAACUCCAGACUACGUGUUGACUCAAAAAGGCUUUCAGCAUAAACGUGAGUUGUUGAAAAAUAUAAAAUCAAUAAAAAAUGUGGAUUCUCCAAGCACCGCUCUUUAUGAAUUUCUUAUGCACGACCUUACGGAUAAGAAUAAUGUAAUUACUAAAUUAAAAGAAACUAGUAAUAACUUAGAAGAAGAAAGUUUGUUUCUUAGGAAUAAAAAUAUGGCAAAGAAAAGAGAAAUAUUGAAAUCGUUUUCUAAAGCGACGGAAGAUCUUCGCAAGGAAUUGAUUGAUCAGCUAAAUAAUAUAACAAGUGACGCUGAAGACUCUGAAUAAAGUGUUAUAUAGUGAAAAGGGACCGUUUCAUUAAAUAAUGUACAAAAUGUAAUCGAUUUUUAGGGUGUCGACAUAAAAUGAAACGGCCUUUAUAGGUACUGUUAAUUGUAAUUAUAUUUAUAUUGUAAAUACUUCGCCGUUGAAAUUGGCGACAUACUGAUCUCAUGAAUGUCUCUGACCAUGUCUAUUUCAAAUGUCACAUUUUUUAAUAUUGCAUCAAACAGACAAAGUUUCGAGUGUAUCAGCUUUAAAUUCUAACAUAAAGCUACCUGAGUAUUAUGACUUAUAUCUAUUGCAUAAACAUCUCGGUAGUUUUUAGUUGUCUUCUUUUCUAGACACACUUCUACAUAUAAGGUCUAUUCGGAUAUAAAUCAUAUAUUCAGUAAAAACUCGCCUUGGCAAAAAUGUAUUCACAGGACUUCUAACUUAGCUAUAGUCCAAUCCACGAAACGAACUCCCAAAGAAAAUCGUAAUUGUGCGCUCAUUGGUUAAUAUGCGUGACCUUCAUCAGCCAAAUAAUUUCAUAGGAUUGUCUUACAUAUCGGAUUCGUCCAAUUAAUCUCUAGCCGUGCACAUUGACCAAUGGAGUGCAAGUAUUUGGUUUCCUAGGAGUUCUACUAGUGGAAUGGACUAUACUUCAAGGUUUCUUGUAUUUACAUUAGGUUGUUUCUAUAUAAUUAUAGGAAGCUAUUUGAACUUACAUAAGUACGCUAGUUAGUUGUUAUUUUAAAAUCUUGAUAUCCAGUAAAUUCGAAUCGCAAUAAAAGUAGUUGUAGUUUUAUAUACCUUCAAUGAUGAGUCAAUAAUAAUUAAUUAAGACAUUGUUUUAUUUUCUUAGUAACAACAAAAGUCAUAAAAUUCUUUUUUUUUUUAUCCUAUUAUCUUCCCUGCAGGAAAAGAAUCUGUGAUAUGCGGUAAGAUCUUUAUUUUAUACAUUGAAACAAUAGUGCUUACAAUUGCCGAAUAGUUUGUGGAAUAUUUUAAAGGAUUUUACAUAUUUUGAGUUGUAAAAAAGUGAAAUUUGUUCAAUAGAAACAUCCAAAAUAUGCAAAUAACCUUUUUACAACAUAAACUUAGGUAAACGUGCUAUGUGUUCAAGAGCUGUUAGUGUAUGGUAUCAUUCACCUGUUAUAUGUACAACAUUUUUUAUCUUUUAAGUAUGAAUAUAUAUAAUAAGAGUUGGCAUCAUGAGUUUUAUUCAUCAUUGAGCCAUAUAAAAAAUCACUGCAAGAUAUUGCAGAGAGGUAUGUUGUUCUUUAUUAUUUUAAGGCGCUGGACAUUUUUGAUUUUAAAUCGGUCACGAUCAGGGCCGGACCGUAAGUUUA